AUGCAAAGUAGUGGGGAGAAAAUCAUAUUGGUUCUGGUAGCUGGAGAGUUCCUUUUAGGGUUUUUAGGGAAUGGAUUCAUGGUAUUAGUAAAUGGCAUUGAUUGGAUCAAGAGCAAGAAGUUUGCGACGGUGGAUCUCAUCCUGGUACAGUUGGCCAUUUCUAGAAUUGGUCUGUUAUGCACAUUAAUAUCGAUUAGCUCUCAACUUAUAUGCUGUUUUGCUGAAUUACUGGUGAAUAAAUCUAAGGUUGUUGAUAUUUUCUGGAUAUUGACCCACCUUUCAAGUAUUUGGUCUGCCACUUCCCUGAGUGUCUUCUAUUUCCUGAAGAUUGCCAACUUCUCCCACCCUCUCUUCCUCUGGCUGAAAUGGAGAAUAAACCAAGUGGUUUGCAUGCUACAGGUGGGACUUUUCCUCAUAACUUUGUUUAUUAACCUUUUAUUAUUCACAAAAACUUACAACUUUACAUUCAAUAGAGAAAACAACACAAAAGCGUUCCCAGAGUUCCAGGUGAAUGGAAGUCAAUAUAUCACCCUGCAGGUUAUUGUGAACUUCUUGAGUCUACUCCCCUUUACUUUGUCUCUGUCCUCAUUUUUUUUCCUCAUCCUCUCCCUCUGGAGACAUACUUUUCAGAUGAAGCUCAAUGCUACAGGAUCCAAGGACUCCAGCACCGAGGCCCAUGUUCGAGCCAUGAAAGCAACAUUCUGUUUCCUUUUCCUCUUUAUACUGUUCAACUUGAGUACAUCCAUUGCCCAGUGGAGCCACAUAAUUCCAAAUAAAAAGCUGGCUGGGAUGUUUGGAUUGCCAUUGAUGAUCCUCUAUCCUUCAGGCCAUUCUUUGAUCCUGAUUCUGUACAACAGCAAGCUGAGACAGGCAGCCCUCAAGGUGUGGUGGCAGGUGAGAUGCUGCCUGAAAAGAAAUAAAUGAGUUAAAUCUUCAGUCUUAGAGGUGUGUUUUAGGUCAUAGCGGGAAAGAAGUUAGCCUG